AUUGACAGCUAGCUCACUUCACAAUACAACAGCUUGCUCUUACCAACAUUUCAGUUUUACACUGUUUGAUCAAAUUCGUUAACAUUGAUAGCGCUGAUAAGCUUGCACCCUUUGUUUGCUUUCGCGUAACGUUGACAUAUUGUCUCAAGCUGGAAGUGGCUUUGCGUCAUCACGCGCCUUAUCCAUUGUUACUGCAAAUUAGCAAUACAAGAUAAACGAUAGAUAGCUAUCCGUUAAGGUUCUACAGUUCAAAUACUAUACGUUUACUAGCAAACUUUGUUCUGUAAUUAAGUUUUGAUAUUAACAACUAAUAUUAAAUAAAAUACUGUUAGAAAACGGCGAUCAAUUUAAGCUACCGUUAGCAAACAUCCCUUUCUGGACACCGUCUCCCACGGUUGUAGUCUAAGACCUACUAGCAGUAGCAGCUAGCUAGCACCGUGGGACCGUUUAGGGCUGGAGCUGGGUCCACUCUCGAUCGUGAAUAACUUAACAUACUAAUUUUAUUGUACUGCUAGGUUGACAAUAUAGGCCACGUUUACGUGUUGGAUUAAAAUUCUUUAUCGCUUUAAAGGUUAAUUACUAUUCCGCAUUAGACUGCUAGCUAACUGCCAACGUUAGCUAGAAUUAGCUACAAAAGCUAAUUGGGGUCGCUCAAAAUGGAUUUAUUUGGCGAUCUUCCCGAACCAACACAAACAGCAGGUGGACGUAUGGAGAAACCCCCAGAGCCAUCCGCAGUGGACCGGGGAGAGAAGAGAAAAUGCGAGGUGACAGAGGAGCAGGAGGAAAAGAAAGUUUGUAAAGGCCUAGCCAGGCUAAAGGGAUAUGUUGCUGCCCGCCGAGGAGAGAGAGAGGAGAUGCAGGAUGCCCACGUCCUUCUACCUGACCUAAGCCCAUGCCUUCAAUCACUGCCCCCUCAAGUCUCUCGUCUGGCUUAUUUUGCUGUGUUUGACGGUCAUGGGGGGUCUCGUGCCUCACGCUUUGCUGCAGAGAAUCUGCAUCAUACUUUGGCCCUAAAGUUUCCCAAAGGUGAGGUGGAGAACUUGGACAAACUGGUGAAAAAGUGUCUGCUGGACACUUUCAAACAGACAGAUGAGGAUUUCCUUAAGCAAGCCUCAAGCCAAAAGCCGGCCUGGAAGGAUGGCACCACUGCUACCUGUAUGCUGGUGGUUGAUGAUUCGGUGUACGUAGCUAACUUGGGGGAUAGCCGGGCUUUGCUGUGUCGGAUGGAGCAGGAAGGGGAGGAUGACUGCCAGAAGUGCGUCACUCUGUCUCUCAGUAAAGAGCACAAUCCCACCUGUUAUGAAGAGCGAAUGAGGAUACAGAAGGCUGGUGGUACUGUCAGGGAUGGUCGAGUUCUGGGUGUGCUGGAGGUGUCCCGUUCCCUGGGUGAUGGGCAGUAUAAGCGCUGUGGGGUGAUCUCUACACCUGACCUUCGGCGGUGUCAGCUCACACACAAUGACAGGUUUGUCAUUCUGGCAUGUGAUGGGCUCUUCAAAGUCUUUACAGCAGAGGAAACUGUAAGGUUCGUCCACUCUGUCCUGCAGGAUGUGACUGUGGAGGCGAAGGAAGGACAGACUGCAGAGGAGGGGCGCUUUGAAGCGGCAUGUCAACGACUGGCCAAUGAGGCGGUGCGACGCGGCUGUGCCGAUAACGUUACUGUCAUCCUGGUGUCCAUCCAGUUCUGAAGAACUACUCGUCUGUCCACUUCUUUAACUGUCUUUGUCUGUAUGUCCAUGCCUCCUCCUAUCCACUUGUUAAUAAUGCAGUCCAUUGGUCCACCUGUUGACAUUUUUCUACUACAUGGUGGAUUUCCUGGAGGCAUAAAAGAGAUGCCUGCAUUGCCAAACCUAAUGAUAUGUGAACAGAAUAGGGAACAAUUUGUGAAUUUUUACCACAUUUCUGAACUUGAACAGGAAAAAGACUAUAUGUGAACGAUUUCUUAAUUGCCUCAUGUUUAAUAGGAUUCUUUACUCUUCAAAAAUAAAAGAGUACUUUUCUAUCUUC